AUCGGCAACGCAUGAGACACAACAGGGAUGUUCAGAUGAGUGUAACCCUCAGAUCUGGAGAGCAUCCUCCCUCGUAUGAUGAGGUUCUUCAGAGUACUCCAAUUGGAUAUUUGAAUAUGGCUUUUACUUGGUCUCAGCAUGGAAACAAUAUGGCUCAACCCCCAUCUUAUGAGGAAGCAGUUUCACCAACAUCUCAGCAGAAUGGUAACAUCAUCAUUACAGCUACAGCAAACAGUGGCCACGGGGAAGCCACCAGAACCUCACAUCAGAACUCAUCAGCUGUCCUUACAACAACAAUCUCAGCUUCUCUGGAUCCCAGAGCUGAGGUCUCAUCUUCUAGUUCUUCUGAAGAUGUACCUGACCAGUUUCGACAGUUUGAUUCGUCAUCAUCAUCUGAGAGCUCUGUGGAAAAUGAACAUCGUCUAACUUCAAAUGGCCUCAUUAUAGACAGUUCUAGAUCAAACAUGAAUCUGACCAAACGUAACAAAGAGUUAGCUCAAGAUGCUGGAUCUCAAAGAAGUUCUCCUAAAUAUAGUAACAACGAAGAAAGUGCACAAGUUAUUUUGGGAUCUCUCGGUUUUGUGAAGGUGAAUUCUAAUGGCCAAGAAAGGGCCACACCGGUAUUAAACAAGCGCAUAGAAGAAUCUGACAGUAGCAGACGUGAGAACAAUGCUGGCAGGGAGCAGUUGAAUGUCACGGACAUCAGAGAUCAGCAGCGAAGUUCUGGAGACCUCAGAAAUGUUUCUGCUGGCAGACAGGGCCACCGUUUACUUCCAACAGAGAGAUUUGUAGAUAAAAGUGGAGGGGCUCAAAGCCAUGUUCUGAGUGGCAGUGAGGGCUUUAGAGAUGCUGAGAGAGAAUCAAAGCAAGGAAGGGCUAGAACUGAUAUGUAUCAGAAAAAUAAGGGAAAGCAUUCUCAUCAAAAUGUUGAUAGAGAGAAUGUGGGAGAUCAGCAUCCAGGCGCACCUAGUGAUGGCUGGGAAAAACAUCUUCCUAAAGUGACAGAUACUUCAAGAUCACAAAGCUGUUUUGAUCUGUCUUUGGGAGCAGGGUCGGCAAGAUUGUUGGAUGGAAGUGGUGCAAGAGUGCGGGAGGAAGACAAGAGAUUUAGCUAUGCAGGAGUGGGGGAUACCUCACUGGCAAGAGAUAGCCUAGAUCACUUUAACAAUGGUAGAGGUUUAAUCAGAGAGAGACCUCGCGAGCAUCUGGACCGAUAUGCAACACAAAGCUAUGAAAAUAUAAGGGAUGGGACCACAAUAAGAACACAUGACAAGUUAGGUUAUGAAGGAGGGAGUGAGCAAGAUGGUCUUCAACAACACAGACAAAAUCGAUCCUCUAAUUCUCCAGGAUAUUUUCCAAAGAGUUCAAGAGACAAGAUUGAUGCUCAAAGAGUAAGGGGGCAGUACUCCAAUCUUCCUCCUGUGAAAGAACAUUUACAUGGUGAAGCACACUUACCUGUUUCCAAAACUGAAGCUACACAUAGAAAUCUAUACAGUGGACAUACAGAUGACCAGCUGGACUAUUCUCCAGCUGACAAUUGCUGGUCACAGCACAGAAGAAAUCCUUUAGAAUCUGCAAGAGCGUCCACUCAAGCUAAUUCAGAUUCUUCCCAGAAAACACACACACAAUCAAGAGGUUCUAGUCAUGAACAUCUUCUGCCAGGAUCAAGCAGGUCAUUGCCAUCUGACAGAACGGCUGCAGCUCCCAGUCAUAAUUAUGUAAACAGACAUGAUCAUAGAAAACCAUCUUCCAUAGAAAGAAGUAGACAACAGGCUGAACUUCAGAGCAGCAGAGGUAAUGUUGGUGACUUUCAAAAUUUGAAUGCAAAUAACAGUAGUAAUAAUGCUGCUCAUUCAGACAUGCAGGGUGAAGCACAACAUUCUACAAGCAGUGGUUCAGUGCCUCAGUCUGAUCCAGACACAGCAGCCAGCAUGUUCAAGCCAAAGCCAUCCUUGAGAAAGUCUCGCAUGAAAGCUGCACAACAUCCAGACAGACAUACAACAGAGUCUUCGCAAGGACCUAUGCAGGCAUCUCACAGACCUGUGCCAGCUCCAAGGCAGGGGAUCAGGAAACAGGAAUCUGCUGAUGACAGAGGACCACUGCCAGCGGCUCCCAACAGUCGGAGUAUGCAAGGAACCAGCAGAUCACGGAGUGAACAGAAUGUAAGGGAAGAUGAGGGCUCUCUUCCCGUUACUGAUCUAAUUCAAUCCAGAGAUCAUAUAAAAGUGGAGGCAACAAGUGAUGAUGUUUUUGUAUAA